CCCUCCUCCGAUGGCGGCGGAGAUCCAACCCAAAGCACUGACCCGCAAGCCGAUCCUGCUGCAGCGGGUCGAAGGGUCCCAGGAGGUGGUGAAUAUGGCCGUGAUCGUGCCCAAGGAGGAGGGCGUCAUCAGCGUCUCAGAGGACAGGACAGUUCGUGUCUGGUUAAAGAGAGACAGUGGACAGUAUUGGCCAAGCAUAUACCAUGCAAUGCCUUCUCCAUGUUCAUGCAUGUCUUUUAACCCGGAAACCAGAAGACUGUCCAUAGGUCUAGACAAUGGUACAAUCUCAGAAUUUGUUUUGUCAGAAGAUUAUAAUAAGAUGACUCCUGUGAAAAACUAUCAAGCACAUCAGAGCAGAGUGACAAUGAUCCUGUUUGUCCUGGAGCUGGAGUGGGUGCUGAGUACGGGACAGGACAAGCAGUUUGCCUGGCAUUGUUCUGAGAGCGGACAGCGCCUAGGAGGAUAUCGCACCAGUGCGGUGGCCUCGGGCCUGCAAUUUGAUGUUGAAACCCGGCAUGUGUUUAUUGGUGACCACUCAGGCCAAGUUACAAUCCUCAAACUGGAGCAAGAAAACUGCACCCUGGUCACAACAUUCAGAGGCCACACAGGUGGGGUGACUGCUCUAUGUUGGGACCCAGUCCAGCGAGUGCUCUUCUCGGGCAGUUCUGAUCACUCUGUCAUCAUGUGGGACAUCGGGGGGAGAAAAGGAACAGCCAUCGAGCUUCAAGGACACAAUGACAAAGUCCAAGCCCUCUCCUAUGCACAGCACACACGGCAGCUCAUCUCAUGUGGCUGUGAUGGUGGGAUUGUCGUCUGGAACAUGGACGUGGAGAGGCAGGAGACCCCUGAGUGGCUGGACAGUGACUCCUGCCAAAAGUGUGAUCAGCCUUUCUUCUGGAACUUCAAGCAAAUGUGGGACAGUAAGAAAAUUGGCCUAAGACAGCACCACUGCCGCAAGUGCGGGAAGGCUGUUUGUGGCAAGUGCAGCUCCAAGCGCUCCUCCAUCCCCCUGAUGGGCUUCGAGUUUGAAGUGAGGGUCUGUGACAGCUGCCAUGAGGCCAUCACAGAUGAAGAACGUGCACCCACAGCCACCUUCCACGAUAGUAAACAUAACAUUGUACAUGUGCAUUUUGAUGCAACCAGAGGGUGGUUACUGACUUCUGGAACUGACAAGGUCAUUAAGUUGUGGGAUAUGACCCCAGUGGUGUCUUGA